UCCUCCAAAGGUGGUCUUGACUUUCCAAAAUGCUGAGUGACACUUCAGAUUUUAACAGCUCAGGCUCUAGGAGUGAAGGUUCUGUCUUUUCAAAGGCCGAGCACAGCGUCAUUGCAGCUUACCUGAUUGUGGCAGGUAUCAUAAGCAUUCUCAGCAACAUGAUAGUCCUGGGCAUCUUCAUCAAGUACAAGGAACUGCGGACGCCCACGAACGCAGUGAUUAUUAACCUGGCUCUCACUGACGUAGGGGUCAGUAGCAUCGGCUAUCCCAUGUCUGCAGCUUCAGAUCUGCAUGGAAGUUGGAAGUUUGGGCAUGCAGGCUGCCAGGUUUACGCAGGACUGAAUAUCUUUUUUGGAAUGGUGAGCAUUGGUUUACUCACGGUCGUAGCUAUGGAUCGGUACUGGACUGUCAGCUGUCCUGGUGGAGGAAGAAGAAUGACCAGCAACACUUACCUCAGCAUGAUCCUGGGCGCCUGGAUCAAUGGCCUGUUUUGGGCUUUGAUGCCCAUCAUAGGGUGGGCUAGUUAUGCCCCGGAUCCUACUGGGGCCACAUGUACCAUAAACUGGAGGAGAAAUGAUAUUUCCUUUGUGUCUUACACCAUGAUGGUCAUUGUGGUGAACUUCCUUGUGCCCUUGACAGUGAUGUUUUACUGUUACUACCACGUCAGUCGGUCCAUGAGACUUUAUGCUGCUAGUGACUGCACCGCGCACCUCAACAGAGACUGGGCAGACCAGGCAGAUGUAACAAAGAUGUCUGUGGUAAUGAUACUGAUGUUUCUGCUGGCGUGGUCCCCUUACUCCAUCGUGUGCUUAUGGGCUUGUUUCGGAAACCCAAAAAAGAUUCCUCCUUCAAUGGCCAUCAUAGCUCCACUGUUUGCAAAAUCCUCUACAUUCUACAACCCCUGUAUUUAUGUGGCUGCAAAUAAGAAGUUUCGGAGGGCCAUGCUUGCCAUGUUUAAAUGCCAACCUCACCUAGCAGUGCCUGAGCCAAGUACUCUGCCAAUGGAUAUGCCCCAGAGCCCACUGGCUCCUGCAAGGAUCUGAAAUGCAAGAAAAGAAUACACCACCAAACAUUCGAC